GCCCACCACGCCAGGGUAAUUCGUAACCGUCUCAGCAUCCUUCAAGGCUGGGUAGAGCGUGGAUCGAACCAGUUCAGCGAUUGACGGGUGCAUUCGCCUCUGCGUCUCGAGAAUGCUGUACGGAACUCUCAGGUCAGUGUCAUGCGGCGGUUGCACGAGUCUUUCGAAGAGCGACAUGUCCAAUGAGUACUGUUGGCCGCGAGGGUUCGUGCUCUGCAGGUCGUAGUUCUGAAUCUGGGGUCGAAGUUGAAGAUGGUCUCCAAUCAAGAUGCCAUGCUCCACGGACGGGAGAAGAGCAGUCAGAAUGUGCGCCUCGAGCACCUCGCCGGCUUCUUCACAGAGCAUGACUUUGCAUCGUAGCUUGCGAAGAGUGUCGAGGCUUUUCGCAAGGCCCGUUGUCGUGGCACCCACGAUCUCGGCUUCCUGGAGACAGCGCAAGUCCACAUCCCCGCGGAUUCGGUUCCGUCGCUUGACCUCUUCGUUGUAUUGUCCUUGGACGGUCACAAGCUUUGCGAUGAUCGGGUCUCUGAUACUCUUCAGCCAGUGGCGAUACAGUCCCAGUCGCUCGUUGUACGUCAUGAACUGGAGUGAAAGUGCUUUGAGGAUGUCUGGAGAGCGGUUGGGGUUUUGAAGUCGAGGCCCACUGUGAAUCCAUAUGUCGAUGAUCUUUUCUGGUUUAUGCCUGACCUUCUCCCACCCAUCGGCAACCUCUCCAAAAAGCUCUGUGUAAUGAUGGGGAUAUUCGGUGGCUAAGAAAUUCUUGACGGAUCUCCAGGAGUCACAAGCUGAUAAUUCCCUGAGCAGCUCGUUCCCCCGAUCCAUAUGCUCCUUGAUCAGUUGCUCCGCUGACCAGAGGCCACUCUUCUCCGAUUUAGUCCGAAGGAAUUUCUUGACAACGGUGCGGAGGUUCAGGUUCUGGAGUCGCUCGGAUUUCGAUCGAGACCCGAUCCGAAUGAUGCUUUUGGUCCC